AUGUUAAAAAUAUUUAAAUUUAGAAGGAAGACCAAGUGGUGGCAAUUAUUAAUAAAAAGUAUCGAUUUCUUGAUAACCUCCUGUUCAACCAUAUCUGAAAAUGCUCAUAAACCCGAAAGGCUAGCAAAUUAUCAUCAAAGAAAGAGCCAGAUCAAGACAAAUGCAAAUUCAAAUAGUAAUAACCAUAAUGAAUCCUUCAUGAGCUCAACAUCCAACCAGUACCUGCUUAAAAACAAAAUUCGCAACAAUCAGAGGUUCUCAGAAGAAUUGUUCAGGAGAAGGACUAAGCUUAAAAGGAACAGCCGGAACCAAGAUACUGAAAGGGACAAUAUUAGUCCUCUGUUGAACCUGAAGAAGGAAUCUUCAGUAAGUAGCUUAAGCAAGAGCUCCUCCAAAGAGUCGGAAAUGUCAAAGUCAAAGUAAUGUGUUUAGUACUGAAAAUAACCGGAAUUCGGUACGUCCCUUUGACUAUUUCAGAACACGGUAAAGAGUAAUAUUGUCAGACAGGAGUCAUCGAAGGAUUCGGAAGAAAUUGAAGCAGAGAAAACUAAGAACUGUAAGAAGUUCGUAAGGGUACUUUCUGAAAGCAAAUAUUCAAAUACUUUCUCCAUCAUCCUGACUUUUGUUGCCCUCUACUUGGACGAUAUCCGGAUAGGCUUCAUUCCGAAGAGUGGGGAUCCCUAUAUUGAUACUAUAAUGCUGUUCUGAUUCUUAGCUUUUUUAUCUGAACUAAUAUAUUCAUGAUUCACACAGAAAGACUACUUAUUCUAGUUUCUAUUCUGGCUUGACUUAUUUGUAUUUAUAAGUCUGACAUUCGAUUUAUAUUUUCUGCUUGAUGCUCUGGAAGUUGCAUUCCAACUCCCAACAGAUGCAACGAGUGUAACCAGGGUGGUAGAGUAGGCCGGGCUGAUACAAAAGUUGACAGAUUAUUGAAAAUAAUCCGCAUGAUUAGAGUCUUCCGAGUUGAAAAAUUAUACAAAGAUACAAAAAUAGAAUAGAGGACCAAAAACCUGCGAUGAUGCCAAUUAAAAGACAAAAUCUUAAAACAAUCUCUGGGAACAAAAUGAUUAUAUGGAAGACAAAAUGGAUCGAGCUAUGAGGAACUGAUUAGUCAGACUGGGGAUUUUCCAAGAUAAGAAGCCAUUCGAGGACCAUCGCUAAGUUCUGUUCGA